AUGAAUUCCCUGUGGUCGACAUUGCCCUUCGCUUCUGUUAUGCUAGCAUUCGUGCUACUCUUUCGGAACUCACUUCCAUUUGCAUGGACUGCUCGAAUGAUGCUGCCCUUCUUACACUUACGACUUACAUCUUCUAAACGGGUAUCUGAUCCCAAUCGAUUACCUUCAGCACAUGGACGUAAUCCAUUCGAAGAUCGAUUCACAUCAAAACAUCGUGCCACGAUUGAUGAAUGUGAUUUUAUGGGUCAUCUAAGUAAUAGCUCUUAUCCAAAAAACUUGGAUCUUGCAAGGAUGAACUAUAGUAGUGAUCGUUUGGCAGAUUUCAUGUUGGACGGAGGUUGGGUUCCACUGGGUUCGACUUCGUUUGUCUUUCAUAAUGAGAUUCCACUCUUGUCAGAGUAUACAAUCACUUCACGUAUAGAGACAUGGGACGAUAAAUGGCUUUAUCUUCGAAAUGAAUUCACCGGCAAAAGCAAGAAAGGUGACAAUAUCUUAUUCUGCACUUCAAUCACAAAGCAUUGUUUCAAACAUGGACGAAAGACGAUCGCACCUUGGUUUGUGCUUGCUUAUUGUGGUUAUUCAAGUUCAAAAGAUAAAGAGACCUCCAUCAAAGCAAAUAGCACAAGAUCAAUUGAAUUACGUCAAUCGCUCAAAAGUGCAAAAUCAAUCAAUCCUUUACAGGCUUACCAAAAGAGUACCACUGCCCGCCAAGAACCAAUUUGGUGUUCGCCAGAAUAUUGGGACGUAGACAGCUGGGAGACAGAGAGGAAAGAACGUUUGGAUAAACUGUCAAACGCAUUCCUGUGA